AUGCUUAUAGAACGAGAUGAUACAGUCUGUGGCGUCUGCAAAAAGAACCGUAUUUCAGAAGGAUUCCAAAACUGGGUGCAAUGCGACAAAUGCAAGAUUUGGCACCACUUUGACUGUGUUGGUGUGAGCAGCACUAUUGCGCAGUUGGAAUGGACAUGCUCCGCAUGCAAGGCUCCAGCAAGUGAUCAAGCUUCAACCAGCAAAGAUUUUGCAAUGGCAGUACGCAACGCGUGUGCAACUAUGGAGGCCUGCAAAUUAAACUCACACCUGGACAACCCCUUACUGUUUCGCGAACUCGUCGAUAAGUUGCCCACUCAACAAAAAUUAAAUUGGGCCAUGCACCCACGCAGUGACGGCAUCCCAGUCAUCAAAUCAUUCAGCGAUUGGAUAUACAAGUUAGCCGAAGCAGCAUCCACUGUUAUACCUGUACCAAGCUCAAGGACCAGCACCGUCAACACUCACGCACAGGUUCGCCAUGGAUUGGACAACAACGAAAACUCUCAGCCAGAAGAAGAUCAGCAACAACAAGCUACUUCGUUUCUCAUAUGUAUAAUGUGCAAGUCCGCCAAGCACCACGCCGCCCAGUGCGAGUAA